AUGGAGACAGUGGCAGAUUCCCCCCAGGAUCCUGACCCUGAGGGAUACUUCCAGUUCCGUGUCAUCGUGCUGGGAGACGCAGCCGUGGGCAAGUCCUCACUGCUGCGCUGCUUCACGGACGGGCCGGGUGGGGGUCCUGGUGGGGCAGCCACUCCAGGCCCCACCAUUGGCGUCGAGUUCUACAGCCGGACUAUCCUGAUGCCACCCACCGGCAAGGCCAAGCUGCAGAUCUGGGACACGGCUGGUCAGGAGCGGUUCAGAUCCAUCACCAGGUCCUUCUACCGGAGUGCGGCAGGGGUGCUGCUGGUGUUUGACCUCACCAACCGAGCAUCUUUUGAGCAUGUUCCUGAGUGGUACCAUGAGGCUGCGGGGGACCGGCUGCCUGCCUUUGUCCUGGUGGGACACAAGUGUGACCUGGUGGCCGAGCGAGCCGUGUCAGCAGAGGAAGCCGGACACCUCGCCGCCACUCUGGGCAUGGCCUUCGUGGAGACCUCGGCCCUCAGCAACCUCAGCGUGGAGUUGGCCUUCCAGACACUGGCUGGAGGCAUCCAGCAGGCGCUGGCCGGGGGGAUCCUUGCCCCACACCAGGGAUGUGAUGGCAUCAGGCUCAUCCCCAAACAGAGUCACUGCCAGCCCCUGGCAGGGAGGGACCCCCAGGAGCGCUGUCAGUGCUGA